AUGAAUCCAACGAAAGAAAAGAAAGAAGAUGUUAAUCUAUAUGAAGGAAAUGAUGAAAAAGAAUUUCUCCGCAUGUCUCCUAAAAAAUAUCAGCCUUCUUCUCGUCAGAAAUUGCAAAAUACUAUAAAACUUAUCGAUUCUGAUAACGAUGCUGAUUGGACAAAAGCUAUCAACUGCCUGAUGAAUAAUCCAGAAUAUAUUACAUCAGAAAUUAUACCAAGAAUUUUCCAAAUCGGAUCUUCUGAGGACAAUGAAAUGCAAUUACUUGUAUUGGAAUUCCUUAAACAAUUUGUUGAUGGUGAAGAUUCUGAUUUUGGAAUUCUUAUCGAAAAUAAUAUAUGCGAUUUUCUAAGUCAAUUUUUAGAUCUCAACGAUACAUUUCUCUAUUCAUAUGCAAUCGAGAUAUUACAAAAAUUAUGUGAUGCAAGCGAGGAUAUUUCAAAAACAAUAUUUGAAUCUUCAUUAGUAGAAAAUUCUUACUCUUCAGCUGAAUUGGCCAUUCAAACUAUGGAGUCAUUUUCUGGAGAUAACUCUAGUGAUGAAUUUCUUGAAUAUUGUUACAUUGUUGAAGGAACUCUAAGGAUUUUACAACAUUAUCUUCCUAAACUUGAAAAGGAAAUGUUUACAUUACUUAUUGCACUCCUUUCUUCUCCAAAUCAGACCCAGCAGACAAUGUCUUUAGAUUUCAUUUAUUAUUUUUCAAUUAAGUGUUCAGAUGAGUAUUUAGACCAUUUCAUUGAAAUGCCAGCAUUUAAUACUGUACUAAAUAAUCAUUUACUUUCUACAGACCUCGCAAAAAUACGUGCAGGAUUAUUUGUAAUUCAAUCUUUCAUUUCAAGGAACAUUGAAUACAUUCGCCAUUUCAUGGAAGUUGGUCUCGCUCGACUUUUAGCUUCGCCACCCGGAAUGACCAAAAAUGAAAGUAUUUUGUUCUUCAAAAUUCUCAUUAAACUUGCAGAGUAUGAUUCAUCAGAUUACAUAGACGUUCUAAAAUCAGAAGCAAUUAUAAUCAAAGUAAAUAAUGCAAUAGCUGAAGGUGAAUCAUUCCAACUCUCGAAACCAGCAAUAAUCUUUGUUUGUACCCUUGGAAUUAGAGAUGAUGCAAUUGCUGCGGGAUUAAUUGAGCAUAUUAUAGAAUACUAUUAUAAAGCAAUCGAGUAUCUUACACAGCUCAUGCAAGAAUGCGAAUUAUCACUACAAUCCCUUAUAUUGAGAUUUUUUGUCGCAUUGAUUAAUUUUAUUAUUGGACGUGAUAAAGAAGAAGCAACAAAAAUUCUUCAAGCAUUGAAAUUUAAUGAAAUCAUUGAGGGAAUCGAAAGUAUCCUUGAGAAUAAUAACAUAAAUGAUGAGAUGUAUGAAACAUGCCAUCAAAUUAUAGAUAUCCUCCAGGAGUAUGAAUAA